AUGGCUGACGACCUGAUCCAGAGCUCUAUGGCUGGCGCGCAGCCUGUGCCGGCCAACUUCAAUGCCAAUGAUGCAGAUAAUCUUGAGGAUAUUGAAAAGCAAUUUGCUGUCAAGGCUGUCCAACAUCUCGAGACAUACUGGGCCAUCCUAGAAAAGGUGAAGGGCAGUACCCUCCGCCUGACCAAGAUUGACGACGAAAUCUAUGACCACCUCUGCAAAGACUUCCCCGAGUUCGACCCUGCCGAGACGAUAGAUGAGAACAAGCUCAAGAGCCCCACGGCAAAGAAGCGGUGGCGUGAUUUCAUGAUGGCAUACGAGAAAAGGGUCGACGACUACAGCUUUGGCACCAUGCUGCGCUCAAGUCCAAAGGAGGAAUACACACAGCACGGCACAAUCUUUGUGCCUCGCAUGCAGUUUUAUGCCGUGGAGAUUGCAAGAAACCGGAAAGGACUGAACGACUGGAUCUAUGAAAAGAACCAAGCGGAGAAGAAGACGGAAACGAAGUGA